AUGGAUAUAUACUAUCUUUUUGAAGCGGAUGCUUCCACGAUACUUAUUUCAUACCAGAUGCAUAUUUUUCUGCUUUGGUUUAUCUUCUUCCUUAUAACCAAAAAAAAAACACUGGGUUUAACCGGAUGUUGUGUCCUUACUUUUCGUGAUGCUGAUAGCAAUGAUGAUAGCCAUAUAACAACAGCAAUAAUGAUCAUGAUAAUGGAUGGUUGGAUGGUGAUAAUUGUUAAGCAAGAAGGAAGAGAAAUAAGUGAAACGGAGCUUGAAAAUAAGCUGAAAAGAAUAUUGGUGGAAUACUACCUUAAAGCGCAAUCUCGGGAAAGAGAGAUUAUGUCCGGUGAGAUUGUUUUUUGUCGUUUUACCCAAAUUUACGAAAGGUUUGACUUUAAAUGCUCAGAAUGUUCACUACCAUCAAAAAUGGCUUAUCAAAAUUUGGAAAUAGCUUAUGAGCUAUUGCCUUAUGGGUGGAAGAAAAAUCUAUAUAUGGAGAUCUAUUUGUCCCUUUAA